UAUUGAAAAGUUUUUAUAGCCGCUAAUCUUGAGUUUGCUUUACUGCACAUCCUUAUUAAUAAUUCCUUCUUGAGCCUGAUCGUUCUUGGCAUAAUCAGAGUACUUCACGGCCAAAGAGUAUAAAUCCCUGUUAUAAAUAUGAGACCCGUACAGCUUGCUGUAGGUCAAGUAGCCGACAGCGCCUGCAGCCAGCAUUCUGGCUGGGAAAGGAAUCUUGUUCAUGUUGACAAGUUCGUAGCAUCUGAAGAUGUACACACCUCUGAAGAAGAUGAAGUAAAUUCCAGUGCUGACCAGCGAUCAGAAGGUUUUCAUACCGAAGAGAUAGCUAUCAUGGCUUUUGAGGAUUAUAUAUUCAUGGUGUUAUCAUCAGCCCCAGGUCCACUAGCAAUAUCUUUCCUAUUCUUAAGGAAGUCCUUUAUCAUCUCCCUUCUCUUUUUCACUCUUAUCCUAUCACCUCCAACUAUAUCCUUAACUUCAGGGGGAUCUAUCAUUGAUAAAGACUUGCUCAUUUUUUUAAAUUUCUUGAAAAAUCUAUUAUUCUAAAUAUG